AUCCACGCGCUCUCACUCGCGCUGUUUAGUCUCCUUGAUCCCAACAGAAUAACAAAUCCCCCAAAAAGGUACGACAAGUUCAAAAUCCCCAAAUAUCCAAAAAAAAAAAAAUCCCAAACCCUAGACAAUUUCUCGAGAGGGAGAGAACUGAAAUUUUCAACGAGAGAAUCGCUCGGUUAAAAGAGUGGAAUUGUCGCCGCUAAUGGCGUCGUCGACUUCAAAUUCGCGAAAUUCGGAUCUCUCCCGACGCUCUAGUAAUUCUUCAUCUACAAAACCCCAACUUUUCACGGAUCAAAACAAAAACGACGAUAACAACAGAUUGAGCUCGACAAUGACAGUAGAUGGCAUCCUUCGAAACGCUUACUCGGCGGCUCCCACGACUGAGACGACUCUGGUUGAUGCUUCGAUCACUGUAAUCGACGCUCCGGUUCUGAAUGCCGUCGCGGAUAAUUCUGAAGCUGCUCAGGUUCAAGCUGUAGCAGAUUUUAAUAAAAACGUUGUGAGAAGUGUGGACGAGGUUUGGAGGGAAAUUGUAUCGGGCGAGAGGAAAGAGAUCACGACGAAAGAGGAGGCGCCGGACGAGAUGAUGACUUUGGAGGAUUUCUUGGCGAAGGCUGGUGCUGUGGAGGAAGAGGAGGAGGUUAAGUUGCAUCCGGAUAGGUUGAGUGGUGGAGUGUACACGUUUGAUCCGGUGGGAGCGGGUGCGUUUCAGAUGCUGGAUAAGAUGGAGGGGUCAAUUGUUGGGAUCGGGAACGGGAUGGAAGUUAUUGGGAGUGGAGGUAGUGGAGGGAGAGGGAAGAGAGGAAGAGGGGUUUUAUUGGAGCCGUUGGAUAAAGCCGCACAGCAGCGGCAGAGGAGGAUGAUUAAGAAUAGGGAAUCUGCUGCCCGGUCUCGGGAAAGGAAGCAGGCUGAGAGAACUAAGGAAAGAUUUAAGCAGCUCAUGGAGAAGGUGGUUCCAGUUGUGGAGCAGCGAAGACCAGCACGUGUGCUCCGUAGGGUUCGAUCUUUGUAGUGGUAAAUAUUAUUUUCUUGAGAUGGAAAGGAAAAUAGCUAGUCUGUUAUAGAGGAAAGGAGUGGGUAACAGAAAGGUGCACCAUUAGGUUUAUCUUCUUUUGAAUAUAGCUAUUCCAAAGCUGAUAGUAGUCUAGAGCAGUUGCAGUUCUUCAUAUGUAAACAAAAUGAAAACCUAAACCGGAACCAUGAAGGAAAUAGCCCUUAUUAUCGAGUAGAAGUUUUUGUGGCGAAGGAAUGUAGAGGAGGCAUUAAGUUGGUUUUAAUAGCUAAUGAUCGAUUGUUCCUCCUCUGGGGCAUGUGCAAUAAGGAACAAAAAGGAUUCUGGACUAGUGUACUGUAUUUAUGUGGUGACAACUCAUGGCAAGCCCUUUUGACAAAAAAAAAAAAAAAUAGAAAGGACAGUAAUGAUCUGUUUAUAUCAUUAGUCAGAUCUUCACUUUCUGAUUUCCUUUUUGGGAAAUCAUGUGCAUGAAUGAUGCAAAGUGUUUGAAAGAAGGUGUUUAUUGAUGUUUCUUCCGACCUUAGCCUCUUUCGGAUGUUCUUUUUUCACGGUUGCGAUCGAAUGGGUUCUAGUUUUUAUUAAGAAUGGGUUUAGGUCACAGUCCUUAGAUGUUCAUGAGCAUCUAAAGCCUUUAUUUCUGGU